AUGAGUCUCGAACCGGGAAAACUUGACGUUAGCCAACGUCGACAAAUUAUGACGACCGUACAACAACAAUUAGCGAUUCAAAUGGCCCAAGAACUUCUUCAAAAAUUGUCUGAUAAAUGUUUCAAAGCAUGUGUUCCAAAGCCUGGUGGUACUCUUUCUAGUUCUGAACAAAAAUGUAUCGGUCAAUGUUCUGAUCGUUACAUGGAAGCGUGGAAUAUUGUCUCACGUGCGUAUGGUGAACGGAUCAAGCGUGAACAGCAACGACAAUGA